CGGCUUGCGGGUUGCGGCUCGAGACGGACGCGAAGAUGAGUUUGUCGCUUCUGCAAGGCUACUCCUCCGCCGAGGAAGACGACCCCGCCGCCGCCGGCGCCGCCGAGCUGAGCGACUACGGCGAAUCCUCCGCUGAGGACGCCGGAUCGGACGGCGAGGAGGCUCCCGCUGCUCCGAAGCCAGCUGCGAAGCCCCGCCCCCGCCCAAACCCUAGCCGCGGGGAUGCUGGCGGCGACGGGGACGACUCGUCGCUGCCCUCCGCACUGGAUGCCUUCGCCGAGAUAUCGGGCCCACCGGAGUUUCUGAACAACAGAGUCGCCGAGCCCGAGGAGGCCGUGGAGGCGCUCGGCGUGCUCGACCGCCGCGGCAAGGGCGGGAGAGGAGGUGACAGCAAGCAGCCGCCUCCUGGUGCUGUUGUGGUGGCAAAACCUCAAUUGGUUGCUAUUCGUGAACGAGUUAGCAGUGGCACAAAUGGUGCCAACCCACCAGGUUCUGCUGAAGGAAAAAGGACAAUAGGUGCUGCAAAUCCUGGUCCAGAAGAUGCUGCUGAUCUUCUAAGAAUGUGCCUCCAAUGUGGUAUACCAAAGACCUAUUCACAUGCACGAGGUAUGGUAUGCCCUGUUUGCAACGAUAGACCACAGCAAAUAAAAGAGCCAGAAAAGAAGAAGGGGUCUACUGUCAAAGAUAAGGAGAAGAUUAAAAGGAUGAGGGGGCAAUCAUCGCACGCUUCAUGGAAGAGUGAAACUGAGAUGGCCCUGCGGCAACAAUUUGACUGAUUACUAACUAGUGUCACCAGAAUUUCAGGAAUACUGGCUGUUCUUUAUUAUGUACGCUGUGAGAACAUAUGUCCUGCGCCUACUGCGAGUAAUAUUCGGUUCCAGAUUGUGUUUGCUGUAUUUUCAAUUGUCCUCCAUGCGUGUAUGAUGGAUUCGUUUGAUAAGCUGUCUCAUGGAAAAUGUUUCUCAGUGAAA